UUCAGAGUAGGUACAUAACACAAAAAUAUUGUCUUCCGUGUGAAAUUUAAAAAUAUUAAUAUUUGAAAUUACCUGCAUUUUUUUUUCAAGAAAUUGAACGUGAUGUGUUUAAUAUAACCGUGAACAAUAUAUAUAUUGUUUAAAAAAUUAAAUAUCAUUAUGGAACCGGACGAUGAAAUAAAAUCGGGAUGUUUAUUAUUUCCACCAGCGGGAGGAAACAUGUUUAGUAAAUUCCCUAAAAAGAAAAAUUGGCAACAAAAACACUGUAUGCUAUUCAAUGCUAGCAUACAGGGUAUCGAACGCCUUGAAAUUUACGACAAUAAAGAUGAUGUUACAUCUGGUGCAAUUCCGAAAGUUUUGACUCUUGAAAAUUGCAUAAAAAUUACACAUUCUAGUCCAAACACAAUAACUAUACUGACUAAGUCACAUACUCAGCAAGUCAGUGCCCAAUCAGAAGCAGAAACAUUAGAAUGGGUGACUGCUUUACAGUCUGUUGCUUUUAAAGGGAGAGAUAUCAGUCCCAUUAGUUGUGAUGAAGAUAAUGACUUGUACUGUUCAUCAGGUGAAGGAGUAUUUUCAGUAAAAAUGUGUACUUCUGAUGCAUCAACAAGAUGUGGAUUCGAACCAAUUAGAUACCUCCUUCUCUUAACUACAACUGCUAUUGAAUUAAGAGAUGUCAAUGAUAACAAGCUUUAUGCAACAUGGCCAUAUAGAUACAUUAGGCGAUAUGGUUAUAGACAGGGUAAAUUUACAUUUGAAGCUGGCAGAAAAUGUGAUACAGGGGAAGGCAUUUUUCAUCUAGAACAUCCUAAUCAAUCGGAAAUAUUUAAAUGUUUAUCUCUUAAAAUGAAGACGAUGAAACAAAUGAUUGGUAAUGAAAACCUUAACAGUCCUGAAUUUUGUUGUCCUGGGUCAAAAAGUCCUUUAGUAGGAACUAGACCAGACGAUCUGAACCUAAGUUCUCUUUCCUUUAAAACAGCAUCAGUUUCAAGUCAUCAGUCUGCAAGCACUGAUAGAGAUACUGCACCACUGUUGAUGCCUAAACCUGCACUCAAACCGAAACCACAAAAGCCUCCUCGUAAAAUUAUAAAUCUCCAAAAAAUAAGUAAAGAUCUGCCAAGUUCAUCAGACGAGAGUAUUGACUUUGGACGAUAUAAAAAGCUAGACAACUAUGAACCAAUAGAUCAAGUAAAGCGAGAACAUAGUCCCCCAUCUGUGCCAUAUGACAAAGUAGAAGUGAGAAGUGAAGCUUGGAGGACUUUAGGAAUUGAUGACCCAGAUCAUAUUGAAUUUACUCCAAAUCUAGCUGAUACUCCAAAUUGCAUGAAGCUUAUAUCCAGAUCUCAGGAUAAUUUAAACACAUCUGGACCUGAAUCUUCUAGGAUUAUUCUCUUACCUAGCUCUGUUGUUGAUCCGGAGGAUGAGAAUUAUGACAGGUUACAAUACUUUGGUUCAACAAGUAAACUAAACAAAUCAUCGAGAUAUAAGAAGAUAGAAGCAAGGCCAACAACUUUGGCUCUCAGUGAGCCAAAAAGUAAAGACACUUGGAAUGAUUAUGAUGAAGUGGAAAAUGUUAUGCAAACAGCAAGGUUGGCUGAUGAUUCUCAUUUAGGUUAUGGUAUGAUAAGAAAACCAAACACUCCUGGACCCCAAGUACCAACAGCUGCUCAAGCUCAGAUUCUUCAAAAUCAAGUUGGGUUGGAGGAUAUUACCCAUUCUAAUUGGAAUGGAACUGAUUAUGCAAUUAUUAGCCGUCCAAAAAUAGUGUAAUCAAAAAUAUUGUCAAUGAGAUUGGAUCCUAAAGACUGAAAAUUACAGUUAACUUACAUUCUAUAUAAGUGAUAUUGAUAUACUGUGAAAUUAUUAAGCAUUCCCGAGUUAUUUACUACUAAUACUUUCAACUUUAAAAUAAACCUAUGUAUCUAUGUUAUUUUAAUCAUGACAUAUGUUUAUAAGAAAAUGUCCAAUAAUAGCAUGUGUUAAUAGUAAUUUUAUUUUCAGUAACUUAUACAUUACAUGAAUUUCAUAAAUUGAAUCAUUAUUUUUUGUAAAAUAAAGCUUGUUGAAUUGUUUUAAAAGUAUUAUCUAAAAUUUGAGACUGUUGUAGCAUUCCCAUUUUGAUAUUUUUUAUAUUUCUAAGAAAUCUUUAUAAUCUAGAUAGUGUUUUUAAAGUAUAUUAUUUAGAUGCACAAGAUAUUUAGAGAUUAUUACAAUGUGAUUUAUAUGUGCCUUAUUUUUGUUAGUUUACAUGUAAAAUUAAAAAUAAAAGUAUGUAAUAACAGCAGAGGUGAUAGGAAUAUUUCUGUUCUGAGCAAGUUAUAGGAAUAUAUAGUUUUUUUGAAUAUGAAAAUAGGGAAAACAUUAUCAUAGAUUAAAUAAUAUGAUUUGGAUUAUUUUAAUGUUUCUUUUUUUUACAUGUAAACUAAUUUUACUUAGAUUUAAUAUUAAUGUUUACCAUCUGGUGCCAAGUUAAGUACAAUAAUUUCUAUUAGCACUAUGGUGCUGUCUUAUAUAGUGCAUAAUUCAUUUUUAAUAUGUCAUUUGCUAAGAUACUUACUCAAAAGUUUGUCUAUUAUAUUUUUACUAUGUCAGCCAUAUAAUAAAAUAAAAUAAGUCAUGUAAUCAUUAAA